UGGUUUUCCUUGAGUGGGAGGGGAAUUCCGGAUGUCGUUAGACAAUGUGACACUAACCAGAAAACAAUAUACUUCAAAUUUCCAGUUUUUCUUCGUCACUAUUUGAAGUGUGUGUUAUCCAGCAAAGAAAACGGAAGAAAAUUCGCAUCAUCACAGACGCAUGAAGUGUCAUUUGUACUACAACUAGGACAGUUUUAAAGAUGAUGGUGUAGGUUGCUAUGAAGAUGAAGGGUUGUAUCAACAGUUUCUGCCUUGCUGUGAUAUAUAAUAUCAUCUGCAGGGUAUCACCAAUACCAUAUUGUAAAGAUCAGUGGAGUAAUGCCAUGCCUGCCAAUACGUCUACUUCAGAACCCUGUAAGAUUGAACAGAAAACUGGCUCAGCAGUGGACAUGUACUGUGAUGUGGAUUCCACAAAAUUCAGUUCAAUUUCCUGGUAUCAUAAAUUACGAGGAUCAUGGGUUCCUAUUGUAAUGGAUUAUAAUCCAGAAUGGUAUCAAACUGUUUAUCUGACUAACAGCAAUAGGAAUCUGACUCUUCUCAGUACGUACAUUGAUGACUCUGAAGAGGAUUAUUAUUUCAGCUAUAACAAUAAUACAAAUGGUACCUACAAGUGUGAAGCAAAUCAAGGGUCUGUACCCGAUGCAACACGAAUCAUUGAACUGGAUUUAUAUGAAUGUGCUGUGAGGAAACACGUGCUGGUUCAUAUAACUAUGAAAGACAAGCUCACAAAUUUGGGUGGGACUGUGAAGAGUUCGUGUGUGGCAGACUAUGGUUGUAGGAGUGGCCCACCCUACUCUGCGGACUGGUAUUUACGACAAGGGUUUAAUUAUACAAAGGUAGCCGACCUGAAGGGGACUAGGUACCAUGUGAAGACAGCCAUCAGUAACGCAGGACGUCAUAUCGUAACUACACUAACAAUUGAUGAUGUACAGAAAGUUGACUUUGGGGACAAUUUUGUCUGUAUUGUUUCUAACUCCUCCAAUUCCAGUACUGAACACCCUCUACAUAUCAAAAGAGUUGAUGUGGUGAGGAAACAGCUGCCAUUUCCAGUGAUGAAAGUGAUGAUUCCUGUAAUUUUUCUGGUACUCUUUUUAAUUCUGGCCGCCAUCUUGGGAUAUAAACGUCACAACAUCAGGCUGUUUAUACUGUCGCGUUGUUAUGAUAACAAACACCAUCACACAAACAAAAUUUUCAUUCUGUUGGAUGAAGAGGAGGAGAUGAAUAAAAAAGAGGGCAUUUUUGAGGAUCGAAAACUGGCAUUGGAAAUUACCAGGAAGUUUGAAAAGUACUAUGAAGUUGCAACAUCCUAUACAUGUUGUGAUCCUGGUCAGGAUCCAGCUGAGGGUCAGAAUGUCGAGAUGAAAAGUUCCAGCACCAUUUUUGUCAUUCUUCCGGAUUAUUCAAACGUAAAACGUUUUAGAGAAAUGGACUCUCAAGUAUCAUGUUUGUGUAAAACUAAAGACAUUUGCCUGCGGUACCUGACAAUUAUUGACAGACAUGAAGCAGUACCAAGUGAACUAAAAUAUUUAUAUUCUCUGUCCAAGUCACUGGUGCAUGUCAAAAGACCACAAAAACAAGACACAGAUUCAUUCUAUAAAAAAUUAAAACAGAGAACAUCUCCACUUCCUAAGGAACCGAAAUAUCAACCAAACCAUUUAAGACGUCAACUGUGUUGCUGCUGCAUUAGAGACAAAAACCACCAAGUUUAUGUCGUUGAUGAUACUAAGUUAGUUGAUGUAAAUCAAGAACAAGAGAAACUCUAGUUGGACUACGUCAUCAUUUUAUAAAGAUUGAAAAAGAAAAUGAUUUAUACACAUAUUGCCAUUUUUUAACCUUUGAGUUUAGUUGAAAUGAUGAAAACAGGUCAUUAUGGUGUGUGAUAGAUCACCAGGACAGGUCAUUAUGGUGUGUGAUAGAUCACCAGGACGGGUCAUUCUGGUCCGUGAUAGAUCACCAGGACAGGUCAUUCUGGUCUGUGAUAGAUCACCAGGACAGGUCAUUCUGGUCCGUGAUAGAUCACCAGGACAGGUCAUUCUGGUCCGUGAUAGAUCACCAGGACAGAUCAUUCUGGUCAGUGAUAGAUUACCAGGACAGGUCAUUCUGGUCAGUGAUAGAUCACCAGGACAGGUCAUUCGAUCUGGUCCGUGAUAGAUCACCAGGACAGGUCAUUAUGGUCAGUGAUAGAUCACCAGGACAGGUCAUUCUGGUCCGUGAUAGAUCAACAGGUCAUUCUGGUCCGUGAUAGAUCACCAGGACAGAUCAUUCUGGUCCGUGAUAGAUCACCAGGACAGGUCAUUCUGGUCCGUGAUAGAUCACCAGGUCUGGUCAUUAUGGUCCGUGAUAGAUCACCAGGACAGGUCAUUAUGGUCCGUGAUAGAUCACCAGGACAGAUCAUUCUGGUCCGUGAUAGAUCACCAGGACAGGUCAUUCUGGUCCGUGAUAGAUCACCAGGACUGGUCAUUAUGGUCCGUGAUAGAUCACCAGGACAGGUCAUUAUGGUCCGUGAUAGAUCACCAGGACUGGUCAUUAUGGUCCGUGAUAGAUCACCAGGACAGGUCAUUAUGGUGUGUGAUAGAUCACCAGGACCGGUCAUUAUGGUCUGUGAUAGAUCACCAGGACUGGUCAUUCUGGUCCGUGAUAGAUCACCAGGACAGGUCAUUAUGGUGUGUGAUAGAUCACCAGGACAGGUCAUUCUGGUCCGUGAUAGAUCAUCAGGACCGGUCAUUCUGGUCCGUGAUAGAUCACCAGGUCAUUCUGGUCCGUGAUAGAUCACCAGGACCGGUCAUUCUGGUCCGUAAUAGAUCACCAGGACAGGUCAUUCUGGUCCGUGAUAGAUCACCAGGAGAGGUCAUUCUGGUCCGUGAUAGAUCACCAGGUCAUUCUGGUCAGUGAUAGAUCACCAGGACAGGUCAUUCUGGUCAGUGAUAGAUCACCAGGACAGGUCAUUAUGGUGUGUGAUAGAUCACCAGGACAGGUCAUUAUGGUGUGUGAUAGAUCACCAGGACAGGUCAUUCUGGUCGGUGAUAGAUCACCAGGACAGGUCAUUCUGGUCCGUGAUAGAUCACCAGGAGAGGUCAUUCUGGUCCGUGAUAGAUCACCAGGUCAUUCUGGUCCGUGAUAGAUCAACAGGACAGGUCAUUAUGGUCCGUGAUAGAUCAACAGGUCAUUCUGGUCCGUGAUAGAUCACCAGGACAGGUCAUUCUGGUCCGUGAUAGAUCACCAGGACAGGUCAUUAUGGUCCGUGAUAGAUUACCAGGACAGGUCAUUCUGGUCCGUGAUAGAUCACCAGGACAGGUCAUUCUGGUCCGUGAUAGAUCACCAGGACAGGUCAUUCUGGUAAGUGAUAGAUCACCAGGUCAUUAUGGUCCGUGAUAGAUCACCAGGUCAUUAUGGUCCGUGAUAGAUCACCAGGACAGGUCAUUCUGGUCAGUGAUAGAUCACCAGGACAGGUCAUUCUGGUCAGUGAUAGAUCACCAGGUCAUUCUGGUCAGUGAUAGAUCACCAGGACAGGUCAUUCUGGUCCGUGAUAGAUCAACAGGACAGGUCAUUCUGGUCUGUGAUAGAUCACCAGGUCAUUCUGGUCAGUGAUAGAUCACCAGGACAGGUCAUUCUGGUCCGUGAUAGAUCACCAGGACAGGUCAUUCUGGUCCGUGAUAGAUCAACGGGACCGGUCAUUAUGGUCCGUGAUAGAUCACCAGGUCAUUCUGGUCAGUGAUAGAUUACCAGGACAGGUCAUUCUGGUCCGUGAUAGAUCACCAGGACAGGUCAUACUGGUCAGUGAUAGAUCACCAGGACAGGUCAUUAUGGUGUGUGAUAUAUCACCAGGACAGGUCAUUCUGGUCCGUGAUAGAUCAACAGGACUGGUCAUUCUGGUCCGUGAUAGAUCACCAGGACAGGUCAUUCUGGUCCGUGAUAGAUCACCAGGACAGGUCAUUCUGGUCCGUGAUAGAUCACCAGGACAGAUCAUUCUGGUCAGUGAUAGAUCACCAGGACAGGUCAUUCUGGUCAGUGAUAGAUCAACAGGACUGGUCAUUCUGGUCCAUGAUAGAUCACCAGGACUGGUCAUUCUGGUCCGUGAUAGACCACUAGGACAGGUCAUUCUGGUCCGUGAUAGACCACCAGGACAGGUCAUUCUGGUCCGUGAUAGAUCACCAGGACAGGUCAUACUGGUCAGUGAUAGAUUACCAGGACAGGUCAUUCUGGUCAGUGAUAGAUCACCAGGACAGGUCAUUAUGGUCUGUGAUAGAUCACCAGGACAGGUCAUUCUGGUCCGUGAUAGAUCACCAGGUCAUUCUGGUCCGUGAUAGAUCACCAGGACAGGUCAUUCUGGCCCGUGAUAGAUCACCUGGACAGGUCAUUCUGGUCCGUAAUAGAUCACCAGGACAGGUCAUUCUGGCCCGUGAUAGAUCAACAGGUCAUUCUGGUCAGUGAUAGAUCACCAGGACAGGUCAUUCUGGUCCGUGAUAGAUCACCAGGACAGGUCAUUCUGGUCCGUGAUAGAUCACCAGGACAGGUCAUUCUGGUCUGUGAUAGAUCACCAGGACAGGUCAUUCUGGUCAGUGUGAACAAUCAAUGCAGUUAUAAUAUACAUUUUCUGCAAUGAUACAUAUGUACCAGGAGCAUUUUGUGUGAUCUGUGACAAAGCCAAACUACAUGUGAUUUCUGAUGUUAUUUUAAGGCAUCAUCAAAUAUUUAAUUUAUUGUUUCAAAGGGCAUUUUAUAUAUUGUUAGCUCAACUUGUAUCAUCUCUGUUGAAGUCGGUGGUCCACAGUCCAUCCGUCCCCGUCCAUGGUCCACGGUUCAUCCUUCCGUCUGUCGCCCAUGGUGCACUGCCCAUCAGUCUGUCGCCCAUGGUGCACUGCCCAUCAGUCUGCUGUCCAUGGUCCACGGUUCAUCCAUCCGUCUGUCGCCCAUGGUGCACUGCCCAUCAGUCUGUCGCCCAUGGUGCACUGCCCAUCAGUCUGCCGUCCAUGCAUGGUGCACUGUUCAUCCGUCUGCCGUCCAUGGUCCACUGCCCAUCAGUCUGUCGUCCAUGGUCCACUGCCCAUCAGUCUGUUGUCCAUGGUCCACUGUUCAUCCUUCUGCCGUCCAUGGUGCACUGCCCAUCAGUCUGCCGUCCAUGGUCCACUGCCCAUCAGUCUGUCGUCCAUGGUCCACUGCCCAUCAAUCUGUCGUCCAUGGUCCACUGCCCAUCAGUCUGUUGUCCAUGGUCCACUGUCCAUCCGUCUGUCGUCCAUGGUCCACUGUCCAUCCGUCUGUUGUCCAUGGUCCACUGUCCAUCCGUCUGUCGUCCAUGGUCCACUUUCCAUCCGUCUGCCGUCCAUGGUCCACGGUUCAUCCAUCCGUCUGUCGUCCAUGAUCCACAGUUCAUCCGUCCGCCGUUCAUGGUCCACUGUUCAUCAGUCUGUCAUCCAUGCAUGGUCCACUGUCCAUCCAUCUGUCGUCCAUGGUCCACUGUCCAUCCGUCUGCCGUCCAUGCAUGGUGCACUGUCCAUCGGUCUGCCGUCCAUGCUUGGUCCACUGUCCAUCCAUCUGCCGUCCAUAGUCCACAGUUCAUCCGUUCGUUGUCCAUGGUCCGCAGUCCAUCCGUCCGCCAUCUGUCUGUUGUAUGUGAUCAUGCAUCCUUUAACAAUUCUGUUGUUACUAUUUCUUGAAGUACUUGAUGGGCCAAUCUUUCUCAAUUUCCAUACGAGUGUUCCUCUUGCUCCCUUGUCAUACCUUUUUAUUUUGGAACUUAUUAUCAAAAUGGCUGAAAGGUGUCCACCUUGAAUUUUGAUGAUAAAAGAUGUUUACCUAAUAUAUAGCUAUACUUCUGUAAAAUUACUUAAUGGAAUUUUUUCAAUCUUUAUAUGUAGGCUCCCCUUGGUCCCUAGUUGUGCCGCUUAGAUGUUGGAACUGAUCAGGAAAGCAAAAUUGUUAACAGGCGGCCAUAUUUGAUUUUGACUAUGACAGUUUGUUGUCACUAUUUCCUGAGAAGUACAGGAAGGGCAUUUCUGAACCUUGAUGUGUAGGUCUUCGUCUUUAGUUGUGCACAUUAAAAUUUUAGUCUGAUCUUAAAACAACAAAAUAAAUAUUGUCUAACAGGAGGCCAUCUUGAAUAAUUAUCUCUAUUUCUUGAGUAGUACCACAAGGAUGUUUCUCAACUUGACUGGAUUCCUUUCGUCCUUAGUUGUUUCCAUUUGAGUUAGUGUCUGAUCAGGAAAAUAAUGGUCAUCAGGGGGUCAUUUUGUAUUUUUAGCCCACCAUCAUCAGAUCGUUGUCUUGGUCAUCAGGGGGUCAUUUUGUAUUUUUAGCCCACCAUCAUCAGAUCGUUGUCUAUUCAAUCCAUGUAUUGAUCAAUUACUGAACUGCACCCAAAAUAAACAAGUGAGCAGUUUGUGUUUAGAAGUUAUAUGCAUUUUAUUAUAACACAAUAAAACCACUGUAUAAUCACAAAAGGGAUACAGCUUUAAUCACUUUAAAGUUGAUGUCCAGACUUAGCUACAAACCUUGUACUCUUUACUCACUAUCCCAUCAUCUUAUUGAAGAAUUUUCGGUCGCAUGAUAUUGAUACAAAAAUAUGGUAUUAUGGACUGUAAUGAUAUAUUCCAAUAUUUCCUUUGACAUUUUUCAAACAAUUGUCCAAUAUUUUAUUGUGUUACAUAGUACUGAAUAUUGUCUGUCAUCACUAGUACUGAAUAUUGUUUGUCAUCACUAGUACUGAAUAUUGUUUGUCAUCACUAGUACUGAAUAUUGUUUGUCAUCACUAAUACUGAAUAUUGUUUGUCAUCACUAAUACUGAAUAUUGUUUGUCAUCACUAGUACUGAAUAUUGUUUGUCAUCACUAGUACUGAAUAUUGUUUGUCAUCAAUAAUACUGAAUAUUGUUUGUCAUCAAUAAUACUGAAUAUUGUUUGUCAUCACUAGUACAGAAUAUUGUUUGUCAUCACUAAUACUGAAUAUUGUUUGUCAUCACUAAUACUGAAUAUUGUUUGUCAUCACUAGUACUGAAUAUUGUUUGUCAUCACUAGUACUGAAUAUUGUUUGUCAUCACUAGUACUGAAUAUUGUUUGUCAUCACUAGUACUGAAUAUUGUUUGUCAUCACUAAUACUGAAUAUUGUUUGUCAUCAUUAGUACUGAAUAUUGUUUGUCAUCAUUAGUACUGAAUAUUAUUUACUAUCACUAGUACUGAAUAUUAUUUACUAUCACUAUUAAAUUGUUUGUUCAGACUUGAUUAUGGUAAUACUGUAUCUUUAUCCCGUUUUCAUGGUUGAGUAUGUAAAUAUGAAGUAAGGUAUUACAUUUGAAGAGGACAAUAUCUGAUUUUUAAAACCACAAUACUUCAUUUUAAUGAUGACCCUUUGGUCAAUAAGCCAUGUUUAAUUCUAAAACUAAAACAAAUUAAGAAAUUUCCUCUUAACCGAUGCAUCAGAUGAAAUUUCUAAACCUUGUCGGUAUUUACGGAUUUGUAGGGUACAGGCCGUACUGUAUGGAGUGGUAUCAGACAAGUAUACAUACUCAGUGUCCGGUCGGUCAUAAGGAAGCUUUCCUGUUUUACAUACCGUACUACAUUGUAAUAAGCGUACCUGCCCCUAUAGAAGUGUCCAGCCGGCCAUAAGGAAGCUUUCCUGUUUUACAUACCGUACUACAUUGUAAUAAGCGUACCUGUCCCUAUAGAAGUGUCCAGUCGGUCACAAGGAAGCUUCACUGUUUUACAUACCGUAGUCCACAUAAUAAGGGUACAUGUCCCUAUAGAAGUGUACAGCCGGUCAUAAUGAAGCUUUCCUGUUUUACAUACCGUAGUCAACAUAAUAAGCGUACCUGUCCCUAUAGAAGUGUCCAGCCGGUCAUAAAGAAGCUUUCCUGUUUUACAUACCGUAGUCUACAUAAUAAACGUACUUGUCCAUAUAGAAGCGUACCGCCGGUCAUAAAGAAGCUUUCCUGUUUUACAUACCGUAGUCAACAUAAUAAGCGUACCUGUCCCUAUAGAAGUGUCCAGCCGGUCAUAAAGAAGCUUUCCUGUUUUACAUACCGUAGUCUACAUAAUAAACGUACUUGUCCAUAUAGAAGUGUACAGCCGGUCAUAAAGAAGCUUUCCUGUUUUACAUACCGUAGUCAACAUAAUAAGCGUACCUGCACCUAUAAAAAAUCCAAUUUUUCCUUGAAGUGAUGACAAGAUGUAUGGUUUAAUGCCGUUACUUUACGGAGUGUUUUUUGUCACAUUGUCUAUAUGUAUAUGUACGAUAUUCAUAUAAAACAUGAUGUUCAGUUUUCAGGAAAAAGAAUGAAUAAGAAAUACCUUACAUUA